CUUAGAAAUGAAUGGCUUCAUUUUGGAGAGCUGGUCAGACGGCGAUAAAUUGAGAAGAGGCCUAGAGGCAACGGUUCUCUGUGACGAGGGAGGGUUGCCAUUUUGAAAUGGUAAAAUCCCGUAAGUAGAUAUAUUAUGGCAUAAGACUGCAUACACACGAUAGCUAGAGCCAGCCUUUGUUCAGCUCGCUUGAAUAAUCCCUGUCGAUAGUCUAGAUGGUACCUGGCACGUAUUAUGGAGUGAGACGAAAACUUGGGGACAAUACACAGUAGAUCGUCAUGAAGACCGUUCUGGGGUAUUCUCCGUGUUAGCCAGGGGCUACGUGGGUUUCUAGUGGCUAGAUUCCCCUCCGGCACGUCUCAUCGAAUCGAAACCCGGGAGCUGAGCUGUCAUCACAUUAUGUGCAAUCUCUCAAAACUUGGAAUGAAGCAUCUAGAUUAAGCAGGGGUAUAAAACUAGCGGUAUUGAUGCCUGAAUAGCCCGCAUGCAUCACUCGACUUUAUAUGAGAUCGGUGUGCCAGUAGCCCUCGGGGUUUAGAAGGUUUGUAAGAUGCUGUCGCUUCGCCAUACACUCACUCAACAGAUAAGAUGCGUAACCACUUAUUACUCCCGCUGCUCUGUAGCUCCUCGCUGCUAGCUUUCUGCGUAGCACAAGGCGAGGGCUAUAUCGGUUAUGAUCUCAGAAAGCGCGGUGAUCCAGAGUCGGUCAAUUACGAAACGGCAGACACGCCCGGCGUCGAACUUCCCGAGGAACCAGAUGUAUACCUCAAUGCUUCCGUCUCCGUAGGCGAGAUCGAUAUAGAGGUCGAUAACAUAACCGCCAAGAUAAAUCUCGACGCCAGCGUGUUAAAUCUGCUGCAUUUUACAGCUGGUGUAUCCGCUUCGAUCGACAGAGUGUCUCUAAAGAUCGAGAACGUGAGCGCGAAGGUAGAGCUAGAAGCGAGACUCGGCAAUGUUGUUCAAAUGAUUGGGGACGUUCUGAACACGAUUGAUUUGAAUCCUAUCGUCGCGACGCUCGGGAAGAACGUAGGAAGCAUCAUCGGAAACGUUAGCGACUCGCCUGGGGAGAGCUCAACUUCAUCAUCAAGUACGGCUGCCGCAACCAACUCUAAGCGAGACCUACUAGAUUAUAACCUAGCCUACAACAUCCUCUACUCUGUCAACGACUAUUCCGGCCAGACACACACUAACCGUAUUCUGGCGCAGAACGGUAGCAUCUACGAUUCCCUGCUCGACAACAACGGUGACGAGCACGGCCGCCAGAUAGUAGGCUACUACAGCAAAGAUAUGACAUUUACUGGUCAUAAUCGAACUAUCACCAUUGAUGGAAAAACGGAAUACGAGCUAUCUUAUGAAUACAAACCCUUCCCGGGUCUGGACGCCGUCGCAAAUAUUUAUGUGACGCCUGAGGGAAAGGUAGUGAAAACACAAGUUGUCGCUGAGGCGCAAGGAGGAGGCACUAGUACGAUUAGUGAUGAUGACGCCGACGAGGAAGAGGAUGCUUGAACAUCGUAUAUCAUCGUAUAUCUAUAAUGGAUAAUUUAAUAAAUUUUUGCGGCUGGAGAUUGACUGAAG